AUGGCUUGGGCCCGCCGCGUGCUGUUGGUGGUGGUAGCGGCAUGGCUGGCCUCGGGAGGAGAGAGCUCCUGCAGGAGGAGGGAGGAGGACCUGCAGGAGUGCGACAUGCUCGACUACAUGGUGUACGACAGUGUCAACCUGCAGCAGGCAGAAGCGCAGGCUCGACAAAUCGUAGGCGCGGAGAUCCCGCGUUGGAAGGAGUCGGGCAAGGGGGGGAUGAGCCUCUCCGGUGACUUCUGCGAGCAGCUGUUUCGUGCAGUCACUUGCAAUCUCCUGAUCCCGCCCUGUGAGGGAGACGGCAGUGAGAGAUACAGGAAACCAUGCCGCGCUUACCAGUAUGCGCUGGAGUUGGGCUGCCACUGGAAGAUGCAGUUCGGCGAUUUAGCCUUUGCAGAGCCGCCGGAUUGCUAUGAGCUCCCUGUCAAGAACUACUAUGAGGAAGGAGAGUUCCUGGAUGCAGAGGAGCUGGGGAGCAGCAAGGAGCUCAACGUGGAGGGGAGGGUGGAGGACCUUGUGAAGCUUGCGAGGAUCCUUGAGACACAUAGCAAGGUCGACCAUGCUGUGCACCUUUACCUGCAGGUGCUGCGAUAUCGCCCUGACAAUGCCAUGGCGCACAAGCGCAUCUUCUCGCUGGUGCACGCGUCUGAGGAGCGGUCUCUGUCGCUGGAAGCGCAGCUCAACUUCACCAAUCAACGGUGGAACGAAGCUUGCGAUGACAAGGGGCUGCCGAAGGGGAACAAGUACCAGAAGCACAAGGGACUCGCGCCGGACAAGAAGGUCAAGUACAUCCUCGACUACAAGGCUCAGACAGGCGCAGAGGAGUUCUACGAGACAGGUGUUUGGUACGGGGAGACAUUGAACGGGAUCAAGGAUCACUUUCCUAGGAUCAAGUCCAUCGAGAUCAGCUCUCAGAUCGCUGACAUGGCGAGGAAGAGGUUCCAAGGGCACGACAACAUCCAGAUCAUCACGGGAGACAGCGUGGACGUGCUUCCUGUUCUCCUUGAGAAGCGGGAUCGGUCGAAAGCAGCCAUCUUCUGGUUGGAUGGACAUUUCUCAGGGUCUCGGUUCGAGACGUCCAAGUCGACCAUGGACACGCCGGAGCUCUUUCACACCCUCCAGCACGUCCACGAGCAAGACACCAUCCUGAUCGACGACGCUCGGCUGUUCCGAGGUUACCGAGACUGCGCAGGAGACUUCGAGUCGGAGUGUUUUCCGAGCUUGAGGGAUCUCAAAUCUGUGUUGUGCAAGUACAAGCCCGACUGGACGUUCACUGUGGAAGACGACCUGAUCCGGAUGUCUUCGGCAGAAGUGAAGGAGGCCGUGAUGAAGAAGUCGAAGAAGAGCAAGAAGGAUGUCAAGGAGCAGAAGAAGAAGAAGACGAAGACGAAGAAGCAACAAGAGGUGAGAAGGAAGCUUGAGAUGUUCAACUCUGACCGGGCAAGAUACGCAGGAUGA